AUCGGCAACUAUUUUGGUAAUCGAUUAAACAUUUAAGUCAUUUUUCAAGCAUAUAAUUCCAAACAUCUGAUGGUUCCUGGUUCUCAAAUUUGUUGCUUUCCUUGUCUUACAUUAUAGUUCAUUGAAGAUGUUCGGGCUUUAGACUGUUGGUCGGACAAAACAAGAUAUCUGAAGCCAUCACCUUUGGCAUUGGAAAUUGUGAUGGCAUUUUCAUUGUUUUCUGAUGUUUAAUAGACCAAAAGAUUCAUGAAAAUAAUCGUCAUUUGCAGCCCUAAAGUUAUGGAAGCAAAUAAGGGGGGUCAGCAGGUAGAGAUGAAGUCUCUGAAUGGAGGGUUAUAAUAUGUACCUGCAAGUAGUAGGGCAGAAAUUCUCCCACUCUGCAAAAAUGGUUUAAAAAAGUGUCUGGUGAACUGAUUUCGGAACAGUUGUUUAAUUCACUGGAAAUGUUUCAAAACACCUUUAAAAUAUAUAGUAGAGUUGUGACGUUCGCGAACGAACCGAUUCUUUUGAACGGCUCAUAAACAUGAACGAUGGGAGCCGAGUCGCGGCUGGAGGGGAGCCGUUCUUUCUGUCAUUCUUUUUUCCUAUGCGUGUUUCACACAGAUGCACACAAAUGAGCUCCUCCGCGAGACAGAACAGUUAUAGGGGGAGGGGCGCACCCAGCGCAGGCCAACCCUUUAUAGCGUGAUGAUAUUAGUUAUUAGUUGUGCACGCAUCCUUCACGUGAGUACUCCAGUGGAAAAAAAUCCUGCGUUCCUCUGUCAUUGGGUAGGAGCGGAGCCAUGACGUGUGCACGCUGCCGUCACAUGCUUACUCCAGUUAAAAAAAAACAAAAACAAAAAAAAAACACGUGCGAUUGCCUCUCUGUCUCAGUGCCAACGUCAGUAAUAGCGGGUCGUUCGGACUUCGAAAGGAAGAAGACACACACGUGACACAUCUGAAAAUGAGCCAGAGGAAAAGGAGCAGCAUUUGGGUGCACUUUUCUCGCAAAGAAAACAGUAAAGCUAAAUGCAGCAUUUGUCAAAAAGUCAUUUCAUUUAAGUCUGGGUCAACAAAUAAUUUACACAGGCAUUUGAAGACUCAACACCCAACACUGCAGGUCACAGGUUUGAGAGCAGAGCCAGACUCAGACAACAACAGUGACACUGAUGUGUCCAUUGCCUCCUCUGCCUCCACAUUAAGUGCAGCUGCAGCCACAGCAGCCUCUGACCCCACUGGGCCCACAUUGCCUGGCCAGGCACGACCAAAAAGAAAGCAGACAUCCAUCAGUCAAUAUUUACCUCCUGUCUUGACCCCAGGAAGAUAGGAGAUAAGACAGGAGAAGAUAGACGAAGAGCUGGCAAAGAUGAUAGCCACUGACUUCCAGCCUUUCUCAAUAGUGGAGGACACAGGAUUCAAAAAAUAUUCACAGGCGCUCAACCCCUCCUACAUUCCUCCAAGUAGGAAGGCACUAGCCCAGAAGGUCACGGAUAUGUAUGACAGGGAGACAGCAUCUUUGAAGAGAAGGGUGUCAAAAGUACCAGCUGUCUGUUUAACCACAGACUGUUGGACUUCAAGAACGACAGCAUCAUAUAUGUCUGUAACCUGCCAUUUUAUCGAGAAUUUCCGUGUGGCCUCCUGUCUCCUGGACUGUUUUGAAUUCAGUGAGCGGCACACAGCAGACAACAUUGCACAACAGCUGCUUAGUGUUGCAGCAGAGUGGGGGGUGGACAAGAAAGUAGUGUGCUGCCUAACCAAUAAUGCGGCAAAUGUUACUAAGGCUAUACAAACCAUGCCUGGCCCAUACUAUUAACCUGGUGGUAAGAGAUGCCCUGCAAGCUUCAAAGCCCAUCAUUGAUAAGGUGAAAGAGGCAGUGGAAUACUUUCACAGAAGCACCGUGGGAGCACAAAAACUGAAGGAGACUCAACUACAAAUGAAGAUGGAGGAGCUCCGACCAAAACAGGAUUGUCCUACAAGGUGGAAUUCCACCUACUACAUGUUGAAAAGCUUUAUUGCCAGUAAAAAUGCUAUAAUCUCUACCCUGGCCGUCACCAAUGCACCUGUCCGCCACCUGUCCCAGGAGGAAUGGACCACAGUGCAAGAAAUGUGCACAAUCUUGCAACCAUUUGAGGAAGUCACUGUGGAACUCAGUGCAGAAAGGUAUGUUGCUCAGUUGCACAGCAGUAUAUUUCUUUAGCAUGCAUGCAUAGUACAUAAUAGUAAAUUAUGAAUAUUUUAUACCAUAUUAGAAAUCUGUGUAAUACACUGGAGUAUAUAUCAUUGUCAGUAGAUUUCUGUAUCCUGCAUGCCAAUUUCCUGAUAAAAAAUUAUGAAUAUUUGAUACCACAAUAGAUAUCUGUUUAAUACAUUGUAAUAUUUAUCAUUGUUUCAGCUUUAAAAUUGUAACAUUAAAGUUUUUUUUCUUUUUUUCACCAGCUACUUGACAGCCUCGAAGGUCAUAGUGCUGGCCAGGGGACUUCAAAGAGCCACAGCUGAUUUCCGGCGAAAAACUACAACAGCGGUAGCGCAAGGUGUGAUGGACAGUCUGUGUGCGAGAACCUCAUCGUGAUUCCACAGGAUUCAUGCCAACCACAUACUAGCAGAGGCUGCUGCACUUGACCCGCGUUUUAAGAGGAUGGCCUUCCCUGAUGGCAGAACAGCAGAUGAGACGUUUCAAAGGCUGUCAACUGCAGCAGCAAGAAUUAGCAGUGGCAAACCCAUCCAACAGCAACCAGCUGUGGAAGGACUGGAAGGAGCAGGCAGUGGUGCUGGAUCAAUAGUUUGGAGCUAUUUCCAUGAGGAAGUAGCUGGAACAGUGGAAGCCAGGAAUCCAACCGCUGAUGCUGUCAUGGAGGUGCGAGCCUACCUGGAGGAGCCUCUUCUUCCAACACAUGAGGAUCCCCUCAAGUGGUGGGAGAGUCGAGCCCCUGUUUACCCCAGGCUUAGCAAGCUGAUGGCCAAGAAGCUUUGUGUUGUGGCGACAUCAGUUCCCUCUGAGAGAAUAUUCUCGAAAACUGGACAGAUAAUCUCAGAGAGGAGAAGUCGCCUUAAGCCCAAAAAGGUCAGAGCUCUUGUCUUCCUUAAUGCAAAUUUGCCCAAGGACAAAAGAGAGAGGCAGAAAAAGCCAUAAAGUAAGGAACUGCUUUGUAUUUAUUUACAUUGCAUUUUGUGUUCAU